UAUAUUACAUAUGGAUGAUUACAAGAUAGAUGAUACAAAUUAUAGUAUGACAUUGAAAGAGAUAUUGAUCCGGAUAAAUAUUUGUGUAGUCAGCCAAAUUGUCACUAUUAUACGGAGGAACAGUUUAAGAGAGGAGUGAAUAUGAAACAUGCCUUUUCUGUAAUACAUUUAAACAGUAGGAGUUUGUGGAGUAACUUUUCAAAAAUCAAAGACUUUUUGAACCUGUUGCCAAAAUUUAGUAUUGUAGCUGUUUCUGAAACAUGGCUGGACGAAGACAAAUUAGCAGAUGUAGAAUUAGAGGGAUAUUAAAUGUUUGUAAUGAAUAGAAAAGAUAGGAGAGGAGGUGGAGUCGCUCUUUAUGUGGACUCAAGUCUGCAAUGUAAUAUAAUGGCUAGUAUGUCAACCACUAUUGAAAAUAUAUUAGAAUGUGUUACUGUUGAGAUUCGUAUGGAAAAACAAAAGAAUAUAAUUGUUUGCUGUAUACAUAGAACACCUGGUUCAUCAUUGGAUAUUUUUAAUGGGUUUAUAGGGAACAUGUUCAAUUCAAAUGGAGAUAAGACAAAUAUUGUCUGUGGUGACUUUAAUGUUGACCUGCUUAAUCCAGGUGGACAUAAGAAGACCACAGAAUUUAUUAAUGCUUUUUAUAAUAGUACAUUAUUCCCAGUAAUAGCAAAGCCAACAAGAAUAACAACAGUAUCAGCAACAUUAAUUGAUAAUAUAUUUUCAAAUGAUAUUGGUAAAAUUGAUGGAGGUUUUCUAAUGACUGAUAUUAGUGACCACCUGCCUGUCUUUGCAUGUUUCCAAAAUGUGUUUAAACCACCAUUAGGUCCAACUAUAUAUUCAAGAACAGUGAGACAUAGAACAUCUGAAGCAAUUGAAACACUGCAAAUGGAAUUAAAUAAGUGUAACUGGGAUGAGGAUUUAUAGUUAUGAAUAUCCAAAUGACGCUUAUGGUAUUUUUUUGGAGAGAUUACUAGAAAUUUAUAAUAAAUGCUGUCCAAUUAAAACGAUAACAUACAAAUGCAAUAUGCAGAAACUGUGGUUUACUAAAGGAAUUAUAAAGUCCUGCAAGAAGAAAAAAUUAUUAUACAGGAAAUUUAUACAUUCCAGAACUCAAGAUGCUGAAAGCAAAUAUAAAACGUAUAAGAAUAAACUAGUGAUUAUAAUUAGAAAUAAUAAGAAAGAUUACUACACAAAAUUGCUGACACAACAUAGACAAAACAUUCAGGGAACAUGCAAGGUACUUAAUGAUUUAAUACAUAAAAAACUUUAUUACUUUAAUAAAGACAACGAUACAAUAUGUCAUACAGAGGAAAUAGUUAAAGAGUUUAAUGAUUAUUUUGUAAACAUAGGCAAUAAUUUAGCAAAGAAAAUUGUACCCAUUCCAAAUAUUGGAAUGGAAAUUGGGGUUACAUAUGAAAGUCCAAAUUCAUUCUUCUUAAACCCAACCAAUAAAGAUGAAAUAUUGAAAAUAGUGAAAGACUGCAAGAAUAAAAAGUCAGUUGAUAAUGAUGGGUUUGAUAUGUUUAUGGUAAAAAAUAUUAUUGAAAAUGUUAUUUAUCCAUUUACAUAUAUUUGUAAUCAAUCCUUUAAAAUGGGUAUAUUCCCAAACCAAAUGAAAGUAUCAAAAGUUCUCCCAUUGUAUAAAGGUGGCGACAAACAUUUGUUUUGUAAUUAUCGACCUAUUUCUCUGUUGUCACAAUUUUCAAAAAUAUUAGAGAAAUUAUUUGUUAAAAGAUUAGAUAGCUAUGUUGAAGUGAACAAUAUAAUGAAUGAAUAUCAGUUUGGUUUCAGAGCUCAUAGGUCAACAACAAUGGCAGUUGUUAAAAUGGUAGAAAAUAUAUCACAAUCAGUAGAUAAAAAAUUACAUAUAAUCGGAGUUUUUUUAGAUUUACAGAAAGCUUUUGAUACCAUCAAUCACAGAAUAUUAUUAUAUAAACUGGAAAAAUAUGGAUUUAGGGGAAAUGUAUAUUCUUGGUUAGAAAAUUAUUUAACAAUAAUCGUUUUCAAUAUGUUUUAUAGUUCACUUGUCACACCAUACCUAACGUAUGGUAUUGAAAUAUGGGGAAAUACAUAUAAAACUAGAACCAAUUUAAUUUUCCUAUUACAAAAGAAGGUUAUCAGAUUAAUUAAUUAUGCACCUUACAAUUCACCAAGUAAUUCACUGUUUCUUCAAUCAAAAAUUUUGAAGUUUUAUGACUUAGUUGAUUUGUACACGGCAAAGUUUAUUUACCAAGUUAAACAUAAUAAAAUUCCUAAAUGCUUGCAAAUAUUAUUUACCCAGUGAGAAAGUAAUUAUAAUCUCAGAGGACUAUGUAUAUUUAAUCAACCACAAGUACAUUCUACAUUAAGAGAACACUGUUUAUCAAAUAAAGGAGUUAAAUUAUGGAAGGGUUGCUGUAAUGAGUUAAAACAAGCCACGUCUGUUUUUCAGUUUAAAAAUAUUUACAAGAGAAUUACAAUGGAAAAAUAUUCAACAGAAUGAAAAUUAAUUAAAGCGGCUUGCUUUUGGUGUGGUGGACACUGGUCCACUAAUGUGUUAAUGUUAAUGUUAUGAACAGAUGUUGUCAUUAAUGUGUUGCAUUUAUGAUUUUAAAGUUAAGGGCAGGCACAAUAAGAUUUAGCUUCUGCCUGCACCAGGUCAUUGUGUUUAUGUUUUGAAUGAUUGGAUUGAAUGAUCUGUAAAUGACCAAACCGAAAAAAAUAAAAAUAAAAUUAAGAUGAUCCCGAUGUCACUGGCAGGUGUGUAGAUGAUGCUGAUGUCACUGGCAGGUGUGUAGAUGAUGCUGAUGUCACUGGCAGGUGUGUAGAUGAUGCUGAUGUCACUAGCAGGUGUGUAGACGAUGCUGAUGUCACUGGCAGGUGAGUAGAUGAUGCUGAUGUCACUAGCAGGUGUGUAGACGAUGCUGAUGUCACUGGCAGGUGAGUAGAUGAUGCUGAUGUCACUAGCAGGUGUGUACUCGAUGCUGAUGUCACUAGCAGGUGUGUAGACGAUGCUGAUG